GCAAGGAGGAAGAGCAAAGAAUAAUUAUUGUGGUCGCCUUCACAUAGUUUAUGGUCUCCAAGGGAAGCACAAAAAGUAACUAUCAACGAAUCGACUGUCUCAGGCCUAUCCAGUUUUUCCUGUUUCUGUUCAGGCUAUGACAGAGGAAUGGAGUUCCCGAACCACAGCCGUCGGUUGCUGCAGCGUCUGCAACAGCAGCGUUGCCAAGGGUUUCUCUGCGACUGCACCAUUGUUGUCGGAGAGGCGCAAUUCACAGCGCACAGGGCCGUGCUGGCCUCUUGCAGCGUGUACUUCCACCUCUUGUAUAAGGAGCAGAUGGACAGACUGGACGUUGUGCGUCUGAACAGUGACAUAGUGACUGCCCAGGCAUUUGGUCUGUUGUUGGAGUUUAUGUACCAGGGAAAGCUAGAAACCCCAGGGCUGCUGGUGGAGGAUGUACUGGCAGCUGCCAGUUACCUUCACAUGUAUGACAUUGUGAGAGAAUGCACUGGCAAGCUGGAUGAUACGGAGCUGCUUUCACUGCAGAAGAAGGUUAAUGAAAGAAUUGCCCUGGGGGCCAAGGACUGGGAUAGUCCUGACACAGAGCUGCAUCACAAGAGCGGGCUGCAGCAUCAGACGGGAACAUCCCUAGGGGAAACCAACAAAAAGCUAGUCAAGCCAGCUCUCUGUGACUAUAAAGGGUCUGUAUGGAAGUGGAAGGCUAGGGGCCACAUGACUGGGUCCCUGGUCCUUGCUCGUAAGCUGGCACCCAAGUCUCACAUCAGGGUUGGUGAGGAAACGAAAGCUGCAACAUUGCCAUCACAGUGGUCCCGGGAUUUGGUUGAUGUGGACAGAGCUUUGGAUUUGUCUUGCAAGCCUCCACCUGGCAAAGAUCACUGGGGCCCCUUCUGUGCCCCUGUCCCAGGGCAACUGGGUGAGGGGCAGCAGGACACCAUGCUUCACGUUAAAGGAGGGCAUAGCCUGGGUGUGCAGUCGGAGGUGGGGGAUGAAGCCCAGGCAGAUGCACAAAGAGAGCAUUUUGGAACCAGCACCAGGAGCCCCAUCCAAACUACUGAAUUACUAGAGCAGGAAUGGGGAAAGGCAGAUGGAAGGAGGGAUGGGGAGGCGGGUGGAGCACUUAUGGAAGGUAGCAAAGAAGAGGAGGAGGAGAAUGGUGACGUCUCCACAUCCACAGUCGCCCCGCUGCGGAAGCUUUGCUCCAGCCCGCAUCAGACCUGCACGUGCCCGCUCUGCAGCCUCCCCUUCCCGAGCCCCCGGCUUCUGCAGCUGCACCUGGAGACCCACUUCCGGGAGAGGGCCGGGACACCCUCCAAGCUGCCCGGCCUGAUCCGCCGGGGGGGCAAGCCCACUUGCCAGCAGUGUGGCAAGACCUUCUCCUGCCUGUACACCCUGAAGCGGCACGAGCGCACCCACUCGGGCGAGAAGCCCUACACCUGCAGUCACUGCGGCAAGAGCUUCCAGUACUCCCACAACCUGACUCGACACACCGUGGUCCACACUCGCCAGAAACCUCAUGCCUGCAGGCUGUGCGAACGCCGCUUCACCCAGUCUGGGGACCUUUACCGCCACAUACGCAAGUUCCACCGUGGCGUGACCGCAGAGCUUGCUGCUGAAUGGCAGGGGCUCCCCUAAGACACCGAUCCCCAACACUUUUCAGUUGAGCGUACUGUUAACUUGCCUCUCCUGGUUCCUUGGGUCUCAGCUGGUUGUUGUUGUAAGGUAUAUAAGGAAAAACCGCCAUACCCUGCAGCCACCCAGAGAUGGAGAUGGGGUCCUUUGCUCUAAGUACUUGUUUUCUUUAAGUCCUGGUGCAUGCU